AUGAAGGAGGCGUAUGAGGAGAACUUGGCUGGGCUUCCGGGGGACGAGAGAGAGGCGUAUGUGUCUGGGUUCAAGAAUCUUGAGCGCAUCCGGUGUAGCGGGGCGUUUUUGGCGCCGCAGCUGUGGAGGUUUUGGUGGGCGUUGGCUGGGCUGCCGCUGAAGAAUGCGUAUGGGUCGACGGAGUGUGGCGGCGGCGUGACGGAGGUCGAUGUGAGCAGGAAGUCCAAUGUCAUCAACUCGGUUGGCCGGCUGGUGACGGACCCGGCUAUUGAGCUGAAGCUCUCAGAGGAGACUCGCGGGGAGUUCCUGGUCAAGAGUCCGUGGAUGUUGAUAGAGUAUAUCGGCAACAAAGACGCAACAAGGGCCUCCUUCACCGACGACGGCUUCCUGAAGACGGGCGACAUCGGCCACCUAGACGGCGACGAAUACGUCUUUGACGGCCGCAAGAACGACGACUUCAUCGAACGCGUUCCCCGCCUCGCCGUCGAAGCCGCCAUCUUCUCCCUCCCCUACAUCGCCGAAGCCCAUGUCCUCCGCGUCCCAGACCACGAAACCCGCGCCGUCGCCGCCGCGCUCAUCCGCAUCAAACCCGGGCCCUCGUCGCCGUCCGCGUCCGAAAUGACGAUCGCCCGCCUCCACGCGGACCUCAGCCCCGUCCUCCCAGCGUAUAUGCGUCCGUACCUCCUGCGCGUGCUGGAAAGCACCGAAGAGAUCCCCUACACGGCCUCGCAGAAGCCGGUCAAGUCUGAAAUGCUGAAACGGUUCUUUGGAGUCCCCGUUGAUGGGUUCUGGGAUGAUGAGGAGCCGACGACUGGGGUGCAGGUCUGGCCACAGCGGUUUUCGCUGGUCGGGCCGCCCCCAGACACUGCGUAUCGGACCAGCGAAGCCUCCAGCUGGCAGGGACAGAGACCUUGGGAAUGGGGGACUUGGCAGGCGGCUGGAGAGGAUAUACCCUAG